AUGUUAGGGGAUGUUUCUUCUUCGUUUGAUCUAUUCUGUCCGUCGGAUCUCUUUCGUUGUGAUACAAAUCGGUGUUUACCCUAUGCAUUCGUUUGUAAUGGAGAAUACAAUUGUCAUGAUCAAACCGAUGAACUGAACUGUUCGAUUCCGACAAACACGAAUGAUUUAUGUCCGAACAAUUACUCGGUUAGUUGUGAACAAGAUAUUCUUCAUAGUAGACGUUUUAUGGAACAUGCAAUUCACGAUGAAUACACAAGACCCAUACAGAUUUGUAUCAAGCGAUCAUCAGUUUGUGAUGGAAUUAGCGAUUGUCGAAAUGCUAUCGACGAACAAUGCGUGAAGAAAAAUCCGUUGAUUGUUUGUACAGACGACGAAUAUCAUUGUAAAAUAACAAAUCGUUGCAUACCAAAGCGAUGGCGUUGUAACGGAAUUAAUGAUUGUCUUGAUUCAUUUGCAUCUGAUGAAUUAGAUUGUCCGAUUAAUCGGAAAUGUGCAUCAAAUGAAUUUCCUUGUCGAUCGAUUCAUCAAUGCGUAUUAUCAACGGCCGUUUGUGAUGGAAUACAAGAUUGUAUGGAUGGAAGUGAUGAAUCAUCAUCGAUAUGCUUAUUUCCUCGCUUUUGUACACGUGAUCAAUUUUCGUGUAAAUCAACCAAAUUAUGUAUUCCGAAGUCGAAUGUUUGUGAUACAAUAAGUCAAUGUCAUGACCGAAGCGAUGAAAUGUUUUGUACGUGUCCAGUAGAAGAUUAUCUAAGUCGCAAGUUAUUCUAUCGAUGUGGUUUAACGAAUAAAUGUUUACCCAGAAAUAUCGAAUGUCACCUCAAACGGCAAUGUCAUUCGACGCUUUUUCCAGACGAUGACGACGACGACGAAAUCGAAUGCCCAGCUCUGAAUCAAACAUGUUCCAUGAAUCAACCAUGUCUAGGCACAAAUCAAUAUUGCGAUGUUCAUCGAUAUCAACGCUGUAUUUGCAAAGAAGGCUAUCGAAUGAAUCAAACAACAGGUUUAUGCGAAGAUAUUGAUGAAUGUCGCGAACGAGUCAUUUGUGAUCAUUAUUGUGUUAACACACUCGGAUCAUACCAUUGCUCGUGUCAUGAAAAUUAUCAAUUGAAAUCGGAUAAACAUACAUGCACACGUCGACUAGAUCUGAUUCCAUCAGGAUACAUGUACAGUAUAUUAAAGAAUGGAAUCUAUAAGUUAAAUCUAAAUGAUGACAAUGAAAUUGUAGCGAAUAAUCAAACAUCACUUACAUUGACCGAACAUGCUUAUUUAUUAGAUUAUGAUACAAUUGAAAACGAUCUUUAUUUUGCCGAAUGUACAAAACCGCUUCGAUUAAUUCUUAUGACAUGUCCGAAGACCAAAGGCAUAUUUCGAGUUCGUCUAAACCAAUCGGUGACUCGAAAAGAAUUAAUUAUCGAUGGACGUGAUUAUACAUCGAUUCAAUCUUUGGCUGUUGACUGGUUGCAUAGAAAUAUUUAUUUUGUUAAUACACGCUUUCAAACGAUUGAUGUUUGUCGGUUGAACGGAAGUUUUUGUCAGACGAUUCUUCAUCAAACGUUCAGCGAUUAUCUACCACAAAAGCUUGUUUUAUAUCCCGAAAAAGGUCUACUUUUUUACACCGCAAGUGUCAAAUCUCGUGCACAACAUGUCAUCCGUUUGGGAAUGGAUGGAACAAAUUUCAAACUCUUAUUUACUCACAAAACAUCGAAUGAUGGGCUUUAUCUUCGAUCAUUAUUGACCCUUGAUCAAAUCAAUCAUCAUUUGUAUUUCUAUAAUGGCCUUGAUAAAAUAUUUGUUUUAAAUAUGCAUGGCGAUGUUCUUCACAUACAAUACGAAGCAAUAGAUCGAUUUCAUUCGUUCAGAAUAUAUGCCGAUAAAGUUUAUAAAGCAUUUGAAGAAGUGAACGAAACGCAUCGUAGUGAAUUUCGUAUCAAUGCAAAGUAUGCACUGGGCACGACAUUAUUAGAACCAGGAUUCGUCUUACAGCCAGGUCAAGAUGUACAUAGUUCAUACAAUAAAAGUCGAACAUCAAUGUUGAAUUCUUUGCGCAAUCUUUACCAUUUCUCAUAUUCUUUGCAUAUGAUUGAUUUUGUUAUUGUUGAUAUGCAUGGAAAGAAAGUGUCGGAUAUGCGGUGUAAACAGUGUGAACAAUUAUGUUUCCCGAAUGUUCGGAACCAAACUGAGAUUUCUUGUGGUUGUGUUCAAUAUUAUCAUCUUGCGAACGACGGACAUUCGUGUACGCCUGGGUGUCCUGAACAUUUUUUUAAUUGUCCAAUAUCGAGAAAAUGUAUUCCGUUUUAUCAACACUGUGAUGGAAUUGUCGAUUGUUUGUUCAAUGAAGACGAAACUAAUUGUCAAAAUUGUAAUACUACAACACCGUCGUUUCGUUGUUCGCGCAGUUCACAGUGUAUAUCUGCAGAUGAUAUGUGUAACAAUCGAAGUGAUUGUGCACAUAGUGAAGAUGAACAUGAUACAAUUUGCAAACAUUUCUGUGAAUGGCCAAGUGUAAAUACUUGCAUCAAGAAAUAUCCUAAUUUAUGUUCCAAUGAAGAAUUCUAUUGUGAUGGAAAAUGUGUAUCGAUUAUACAUCGAUGUGAUGAUAAACCAUACUGCUAUGAUGGUAGUGAUGAACCAUUCGAUUGUGCUAAUGUGAGAUGUCCAUAUGAAUAUUUCAAAUGUCCACUGUCGGGAAAAUGUGUUCCAUAUGAAAAAAUUUGUGAUGGUAUUGAAGAUUGUCCAAUAAUCGAUAGAAUAAAUGAAAUCUCGGCAGAUGAAAGAACCAAAACGUGCAACUUGAUACUAAACCAUUUAACAAAUUUAACGAUGACGACACCAAUCGUGCCUUCACAGAUACGUAUGACAUGUGAGUCAAUCGAUUUAUUUCGGUGUAAAACAAGUAAUUUUUGUAUCAAUCGAACAUAUGUUUGCGAUGGUGAUUUGGAUUGUUCCGACUCUUCGGAUGAAGAAAAUUGUGAAAACUACAAUAUUAAUGGUUUAAUAUCGUUGUCGUUACAUAAGGAUUAUACAUGUAUGAAUGGCUACCGUUGCGCUCAGCAACGCCAUGAAUUAGAUGAUUAUAAUUCUCAGUGUAUAUCAUUGAUUGAAUUAUGUGAUGGUAUUAGUCAAUGUCCUCUAGGAGAUGAUGAACAUUACUGGCGUUGCCAAAAUUGCUCGAAUUGUGAUUCGAUGUCCAGUUAUUGUGAAGUGAUUAAUCGUUUGCCGAUAUGUCAAUGUAAGAGUGGUUUUGUACAAUUAGCAAAUCAAAGUUGUGUAUUAGAAGAUACUCUUUGUACAUGGUCUUACAAUACCUGUCCACACAAGAAUUUCUCUCGAAUAGGAGAAAAUUUUGAUCUUUGUCCAACGAAAAGUUCUUCAAUAGAAUGUCAAUGCGAUCGUGGCUAUGAAAUGAAGAAGAAUGCUAAUGGCGAUCCGUCAUGCGUGACACAAACAACACGGACAUUCGAUAUCAUGCUCAAUCCUCGUUCAACAUUCUAUCUCUACCAAUACAAUCUGAUCGUGACACCAGUGAAUCCAUCUCAUCAGUUGAUCGAUGCGGUAUUUGUACCAUAUGAUCGAACUACUUGGUGUCUUCUCUACACUGAACAACGCAGUGGAGAGGCAUUUAUCUGGCAACAAAAACUUAAUCAUCAAUUAAAUUCAACAAUUCAAGCUGCGACGAAUGCGACAAAGAUCUGGUCUUCAUCGUUAUUUUACUUUACAUCAUUGGAUGUUGACUGGAUCCAUCGUUUUGUUUACGCUCUCUACGAAGAUCCAACGUCAUCCACGAACGGCAUCGAAAUCUUAUACUCAACGACAAACGAUUAUACACAUUUGAUAUUCGUCAAUCGAUUGACAUUUUCGAAUACAAAGACAAUUUCAUCAAUUAAUGUUCAACCUUUACAAGGAUAUCUUUACAUCAGUGCAUAUUACGAUGCUCAACAUUCGUUUGUGUAUCGAAGUUUGCUCGACGGAUCAAAUCUUGAAAUCUUCUUAACACUUCAAUAUCCAGUAUUAAGCAUGACAGUCGACUAUCGUCAUCCACGGCUAUACCUGAUGUUAUCAAAUGGAGAUAUUGACAGUUAUACAACUGACACACACCAAGCGUGGAAAACGAGUAUUUAUUCAAUAAAAAAUCAUCGACCGUAUUCAAUUGAGCUACAUGAUGAUACACUUGUUUUAAUGAUAUUGAAUACGACGGAUUCAACUUAUGACGAAAUUUGGGUGGACAAGUUUGGUCGAGCAGUACUCGAAAAACAUCGCAAACUUAAGUCAUCCAUCAUUGUCCGAUAUUCACAUGAGUUUAAAUAUCCAACGAUGGACACGUCAAAUAUGGUUCACCGAGUUUGUUCGGAUUCAUCAUGUCCCAGUGAUCGUAUAUGCAUAACGACUCCAUCUUAUCAACCAUUGUGCGUAACUCCCGGACAAAUGAAUCGAUGUGGUUCAUCAUGUCAUAGUCGUGGUAUAUGUUCUAAUGGUCGUUGCGUUUGUUCAAAUCGAACUUAUGCUGGUGAUGCUUGCGAAAUGUGCCAAUUGUCAGAUACGAUGAAUGUUGGCUGUUUUUAUGCUGGUAAUGAUUCUCAACCGUCUUGUAUGUGCUAUUUGUCAUCAUCAAAAACACGACGAACUCCUUACUUGUGUUCAGUAUUCAAAAAUGAGCGUGAAGAAAUCGAAGUCCCCUGUGAUCUUAUUACUAUGCCAGUGAAACGCGAAAGUUGUUCGCGAUCAUUAUUUUCUGAGUCAUUGUGCGGCGAUACCACUCAUUCAUUGAUAUUUCAUGUGCAGACACAAACUUGUGUCUGUAGAGAAGUGUUCAAAAGAAAACCAAGUUGUCUAAACACUGGGCUUCUAAUCGUCGACGAUGAUAAAAACUCAUCAAUAUGCUCUUGCGCAUUGCCAUUUUUUGGCAAUCAAUGUCAAUGGUCACCAUGCAGUAACCAUUGUCAAAACAAUGGCACCUGUAUGCUGAAUGGAAGCAAACCUAUCUGCAUUUGCUUGAAUGGCUUUGCUGGUGCACAAUGUCAAGAGAAUUUAUGUCGACCGAUUUUUUGUGAACAUCAAGGAGUAUGUGUUGUGGAAAAUAAUGAACCUACAUGCCGUUGUCGAUCUGGCUUCACUGGCUACUAUUGUCAUAUUCGACGAUACAAACCUUGGCGUUCAUGGAUUUUCAUCGCGACUCUCGGCAGUAUUGUUUGUAUUAUCAUUUAUAUCUGUGUUCGACACAAUUCCAAAUUUCUUCGAUUAAAAUAUUCGUUUACGUAUCGUCAUUUACGCGAACAAAUCGGUCUGCAAGGCAGUUCGACAAACACAAUGUAUUCUCAUGUUCCUACGAGUGAUUCGUAUAUUCAGGAUUGUCAAGCAGAAGACGCGUUACACGAUGAACAGCAAAGAUUUUCUUUGGAAAUGACUGAUACUCAAUUGAAUCACCAUUCCGAUGAAUAUCAACAAGAUGCAUUUUGUAUUGAUGAGAAACAACCAAUAUUCAAUGGCGAUCGGACUGCAACCAUCAAGAUUUAA